AUGGCCAAGAUUGUCACCUCUGUGAAGAUAUCUGACGUAUAUGACUUUGACGGACGAAUACUGGGGACAGGAGUGUCGGGCUCAGUACGUAGCAUUACUAAUAGGAGGACGGGUCAGCAGUCUGCCUUGAAGAAGCUCCCGACUUGGAACCUCAGCAAGAAGAAAUACGAUCAACUGUAUAAUGAAGUUGCAAUUUUCCUCCGACUUGACCACCCAAACAUCGUCCGUCUUCGCGAGGUUUACGUGGAUCGGGAAUCAGCGUCCCGAUGGUCGAGAACGUUUUUGUACAUGGUGAUGGAGAAAUGCUCAGGUGGGGAGCUUUUCGACCGAUUAAAAGACGUCCAAAGGUUCAGCGAGGCUGACGCUGCCGGGCUAGUGAAGCAAAUGUUCAGCGCUGUGAACUACUGUCAUGAGCAUAAUAUCUGUCAUCGCGAUCUCAAGCUCGAGAAUUGGAUGUUCCUGGACAAGUCUCCCAACUCACCAUUGAAGCUGAUUGACUUUGGUUUCUCACAGAGGUUCACUUCGGGUGUACCUCUCACCAGAGUGUGUGGUACCUGUUUCUACGUUGCACCGGAGGUGUUGAAAGGCACUCAUGAUCAGAAGUGUGACAUAUGGAGUCUAGGAGUGAUCACCUAUAUGCUCCUUAGUGGCAUGCCACCCUUCACGGGAAGGGAUGAGCAAGCUAUCUUACGCAGUGUUCGUGCGGCGAAGUACAGCUUUUCCGCGUCAGUGUGGGACGAUGUGAGUCAGGAAGCUAAAGAGUUCAUCAUGAGGCUCCUUACUAAGGACCCUGCGAGGAGGCCAUCAUGCAAGGAGGCCCUCCAGGACCCAUGGCUGCGGAAAACCUGGAGAGGAGAUCAGGAACCUUCCCUUGAUACAUCUGUGCUGACCAACCUGUAUCAUUUUGCCGCUGCUGAGUUUCUCGCGGCUUCUCUCGAACUGCACAUAGCUGACAACGAGUCCCUUAUCCUUGACGCUUUCAGGAAGAUGGAUAGAGACGGCUCUGGGUCGAUAUCGCUGGAGAAUCUCCGGACAAUUCUCGGGGAAGACUAUAUGGGUACUCGAAUAGAAGAGAUUAUCAAGGAGUGCGACAUCAACGGCGAUGGACAGAUACAGUACGAGGAGUUCGUGGCACUCGUCACUGACGGUCGAGGAUUUGACUCUGCGUCAGGUGAGGCGAAAUUCGGUAUUUUCCGAGAGUCGUCCAGUCCUCGACAAAGGGGACAUUCACUAGAGAAGGAGAUGAAGACUUUGGAGCGUCUUGGCACGAUCGUGGACUCCGAGACGGAUGGGGAGGGUCCGUUGCAGUUGGAAAAGGACUAA